UGCUGGGAUUAAAGUGUGCACCACCACUGCCCAUCCACCAUUGUUUUUUUUUAAGUGACAGAAAUUGUUCGCAAGUUUGUCAGCAUUUAACGUGAGUUUUGUGUUAUAAAAAUGUUUGUAUUCAUGUCAUUGUGCACUCACAUGUGUGCAUGCUUAUCUGUGCGUACAUGGAGGCUAGGGUAACUGGUGUCUUCCUAUUACUCUCUACCGUAGUCACUGAACCUGGAACUCAUAGUUCAACUCUCUGACUGGCCAGUGAAUUUUGGGGUCUGCUUCCUACAAUGCUGAUGUAACAGAUGCAUACCACCAUGGUUGGCUUUUUUUUAAUGGAUGCUGGGAAUCCAAAUUCAGCUUCUCAUGUUUGAAUACCAAGUACUUUACCAAUCUCCCUAGCCCACCACCUAUUUUGAACUAUGUAUGCAUUUUGUAAACAUGCUGAUUGACUUUUGUCUGUAAAUGCUGUCCAACUCUUGUAGGCGGUAGAGAUUUGGUGGCAAUUAAUAUACACAAAAGGUCUUUGUUCCUAGUUAGUCAUAGUUAUAAUUCUAUCAUGCUUAGGAGGAGCUUAAGUUCCAGAGCUAUGUAGGGAAACCUUGUCUUAGGGAACAAAAUGAAAGUUUUGUGGGGUUUUUGUUUGUUUAAUUUGAGAUGGAGAGUCAUUUAGCUCAGGCUGGAUUCACGCUGGCUGUGUAGCUGAGAAUGACCUUGAACCUCUUGAUCCUCCUUCCACUUCCCAAGUGUUGGGAUCACUCAUGAAUGUGCUACCGUUGAGCUUGUUGAGCUUAAUUUAAUUCCCUAGCUGCUAGGAAGUCAGAGGGGCAGUUAAGUGAGAACAUUUUCUCUUUGAGGAAAUAGCUAAGGAAGCAGCAUGUGCAAUGUCCUAAGGCAAGGAGUUUGACAGUUACCUUCCCUGGUACAAUCUUAGUAGUGUUCCUGCAGAGUCACCUGAGGACUUGCUGAAAAUACCGGCUGCUGGCCCAGAGUUUCUCAGUCAGUACAUGUGGGAUACAGCCCUAUAAUUCCUAAGUUCCUAGAUCAUUCUAACUAAGGACCACACUGAGAACACUGAUGUGGAUCUUAUCUCUCUUGGCAGCUUGGUUAAGUUAGAGCUAUCUCUUCACAGAGCUUUCUUGACCACCAAAUCUAUUUUUAAAAUGUAGGUAUCUUCCUGUGGCUAUGUGAUUGCAGAUGCUAUAGAGGUGUCCACACCAUAGCAGCCAGGGCACAGAAAGCUGUGAUCCUCCUGAUUUGAGUGCUUGGAGCCAGCGGGUCCUCUGGGAGAGCAACAGGAGAAGCAAAAUCUGAAUCAUCUCUCCAGCCACCCCUCCCCCCAUUUAAAUAGAACCCUUAUUUACUUUGAAGUGUAUGCUUAGCUGGCUAGGAGUGAGUUUGGGGGUUUAUAUAGACAAAGGUUUAUAUAGGCAGAGAUAAGGUUUUAGGAGGUGACAUUCUCAGCUUUAGCUGAGAGCCAAUAGCAAGUAUUAGGUUCUAGGUGUUGUGCACUACUCUAAUAAUUUUUGUGUGUAUAAACUCAGCUCCUCUCACUGUGCAAUAGGUAUUAUUGUUAACCCAUUUUAUAAUGAAAUUGAAGCAUAGAGAAGUUAGCUUUCUUAAGACCAUAAUGUUAAGUGGCAGAAGCAGUAUUUGAACUUUGGGUGUGGGAGAAUAUGUUGUUAAUCACAAGGUGUUUUGGUUCUUCAGGGAAAUUCCUUUUGUGAGGUGGAGGAUCUAGGAUAAAACAGAACUGUUAAAAAGUAAAAAUGUAUGGUAAGGAUGGAAGACUUUAAAGACGGGGCUUUGGGGCGUAGCAUCUGCGCUGAGGGGUCGGCUAUGCUUCCGUUUGUUUAAAAGAACUGGGAUUAUUUUUCCUAGAGCAUACUUUUGGUAAAAGUUUUUAGACCAAGGCCAUCGGUUUCUACCAAAUUGAGCAAUAUGCGAUAAUAUGUGGAAAAUACAGAAAUAUUAAGGUAUGUUAUUAUAAGUACCUUUCAGUAUACAGUUUUCUAUUAAUUUUUUCUCAGUUUCCUAUGGAACCUCCACAGAUUCUGCCUUAUCUUCUCAUUUUUAACUGGACACACAGGUUUUUCAUUAUGUGUAUUAAUUACUUGUUGCUGUGAUAAAAUACUUUAAAAGACAUUUUAAGGAAGCGUUUGUUUUGGGUUAUGAUCAAGACUUUCAGGGAAGAUCUGGUGGCAGAAGCAGGUGGAGGCAUCCACAGGGAAUGUGAUUCAUUCUUAGAGCCCACCCCACAGAAAGGUACUACUCAUGUUUAGGGUGGAUGUUCCCUGUGGUGAUACUUUGUCUGUGUUUCAACAAAUAAUUAAAGCUUGCCUGAAGAUCAGAGUGCAGAGAUAAGCCACUAGAGGUCAGGGAGUAGUGACACACACUUUUAAUCCCAGGAUUCAGGAAACAGGCAGGUGGAUCUCUGUUAGUUCUAGGCCACCCUGGACUGUAGGAAAUUGAGCCACUCUAAAAGAGAAACAGCCAAGUGAUGGUGGCUCAUGCCUUUCAUCCCAACGCUAGGGAGGUGGAGACAAGAAGGGAUAUGGCUGGGCAGAGAGGAAUAUAAGGCUGAAGGAGACCGAACUCGAAUGCAGUCUGCAGAUCUAGUCUGAGGAUGCAGUCUGCAGAUGCAGUCUGAGGUUUGGUAGAGAGACAUUCAGUCUGAUGAUUUGUAGAGACAGGUUCACCUCUUUAGUCUGAGCACUACUGGCAGAGGUAAGAACUCUAGUGACUGGCUGCUCUGCUUCUCUGAUCCUUCAGCUUUCACCCCUGAUAACUGACUCCAACUUUUUAUUAUUAAAACCAGUUAGAAUUCAUACUACAUCUUCCUAUCUUGAUUGAUCUAGAUAAUCCCUCACAGACAUACUCAGAAACUUGUGUUAAAUUUGAUUUGAUUCAAAAAUCUCAUCAAAUUGACAAUGAAGUGGACCGUUACAAUUCUUCCCCUUGUCAACUUGACAACUUUUGAACAUCACUUUUAAGUUAAUGCCUUUCCACUCCAUAUACCUAUAGGCUCAUCACCAUCUCACUGAAAAAUGAAUUCAGUCCAACUUCAAACGUGCCAUGGUAUUUAACAGUUCCAACAUUGUUUAAAAGUCCAAAGUCCAGAUCUUAUCUGAGAUUCAAGGCACUCUUACUGUGAGUGCCUAUAAACUGAAAAAGUUACACUCCACUGACGAUAAACGUUCUCAUUCCAAUAAGGAAGAACAGGGCACAGUAAGAACUGUGGGAUCAAAGCAAGACCAAAACCCAGCCAGGGAAAAAAGCGGAUCCUGCAGCUAAACUAUAAAUUUUGAAGGCGUGUGCUAGCUUUCCAUUACUGUGACAGAAUACCUAAUUACAGCAUAUUAAUUCAUGAGAAAAAAUUUAUUCUGGCUCAUGAUUUCAGUUCAUGAUAGCUUAAACCUUGAGCCUGUGAUGCCACAAAACUUCUUGGCAGGAAAUGUGGUAGAUUCAAAGCCACUCACUUCUUGCUAGAAAGUAAAAUUGAGAGGGGAGUCAAGUUUCAUUAUGCACUUCAAAGGGACAUCCCCAGUGACAUAAUUUUUUUAAGGCUCCUCUCCCUUGACAUUUAAGAUCAAUACCGGGGGCUGAGGGAAGGCUUUGCAGUUAAAAGGCACUGUUCCUCUUGCAUAGGACCCAGGUUUGGUUCCCAACACCCACAUUCUGCUCACAACUAUCCUAUAAUUCUAGUCCCAGGCUCUCUUCUGACCUCCCCAGGCACGCAAGUGUGUAGAUAGACACAUGCAAGUAAAAUACUCAUAUACAUUGUGGUGGUUUGAAUAAAAAUGGCUCUAUAGGCUCAUAGGGAGUGGCACUAUUAGGAGGCAUGACUUUGUUGGAGCAGUUAUGGCCUUGUUGCAGGAAAUGUGUCACUGUUGGGGCAGGCUUUCAUGUUUCCUAUGCUCAAGAUACUGGUCAGUGUCACAGUCCACUGCCUAUUGCCCGUAUAUCAAGGUGUAGCUAGCUGUGGUGAAAUGUUUGUAUACUGUGUAAAGAUAGAGUGAUGUGAUUGGUUUAGUAAAGAGCUGAACAGCCAAUAGCUAGGCAGUACUUCUGGGCAGAAAGAAAAAAGUAAGAGGAGAUAAUCAAGGUGCACAGAAGAUGCCUGGAGACACGGAGAGGAAACAGGAGGUGCAAGAUGGAAGAGAGUAAGAAGUCUCUGUCAUUUGGGAACUGACUGGUGGGACAGAAGAGAACUUGUUACAGCCACCAUCAUGACUACCUGCACAUCACCAUGCUCCCACCAUGAUGAUAAUGGACUGAACCUGAAAUGCUAUGAAGAUGGACAUCCCUCACAGUCUGAAUCAGAUAUCCUUCAGAGACAGACAUUUGCAGCCUCUCAUCAGCUUCCUGGUUAUGCUCCCACACCUCAAGCAACUGGCAUGCAUUCCUCAGCAGCAACUGAGCUAUUUGUUACAGGACCCUUGCCAACCUCUGGAACACUUCCGCCACCUGUACUAUCCGCUUAUCAGCAUCCUGCGACUUUUAGCAAUAGAAACUUUGCGACCACCUCACCUUUGGUGCUUCAGGAUUCAUCUUUUAACACUACAUCAAAUGGAAUUUUAAGCCCUCAUGAUCCUUUGCUACAAAUUAAGACUUCCCAAGGAACUGUUCCAACUGCUUUGGCAUUUGAGCGCCUGGGCAGUUCUGCAUUAAGUAAUAGCAUACCACCUCAAUCUUCAACAUAUCGCUCAGCUCAAGAGUCAGCACCACAUCUCUUACAACCUCAGUUUAGUUUAUUGCCUUCAACACUUGGGGGAGCCCAGCAAACCCCUCAAGGAUACAGUUCAACUCUUUUUACUAGUUCUGCUGCUUCCAUUGAAAGAGCCCUUCUUCGAGAAUGUAGUGUUAUUAAACACCACCAGCGGCCUUCAGAUACCCAGUCUAUUCAGGCACAACUGACUGUUUCACAGCUUCCCUUACAUAGUUAUCUAUCAAGUGCAAGUAUUGGUAAUUUUCAGGAAACAUCCAGGCAGUCAACUUUAUCCUGUAGCUCAAUUCGAGAUUCUACUCAGGUGAGCAAUGGAGCAUUGCAACAGAAGACCCCUCAGGUCUCAGCAGAACAUGCUCAGUCUUAUUCAUCUGUAAUUCCAUCAUCAGGGUAUCUUCCUUCUGCUACAAAAGUAGACGCUUGUUCUACAAAACAACCACUAACAUCAAGUGUGAUUCCUCCUGUACAAACACUAAACUAUUCUAAACCUUUACACAACCAGAGUUCUGUAAUAUCAGGUCAAGCACAAAUUUAUUCUACAGCACAACUACCUAGUCUUUUAUCAGUCAGUCAGUCCCAAAAUUAUGGCUUAGUACAGCCACAUAAUGUGCCAUCUAUUGUUCAUUCACAGGUUUAUAGGUCCAGCAGGGUUGAGAAAUUGCCAUCCUUAUACAAAACAUUGGCCUUUUCUGGGUCUUCUCAGCCUGUAACCUCUGAAAAUCAGACACUUAGUUAUUCAUCCAAUCAGCAAGAAGUAUUAUCUUUAGUUACAAAUGAGAAUUACCCUGCUCAAACAGGAGACCUGGCAUCAGUCAGUCAGCCUCAGAAUUAUUCAUCUGGUCACUCUCAGGGUUUGUCACCAGUUAGCCAAACACAGGUCAGUUAUUCAUCUCAAUCACAAGUUUUAUCAGUUGUUAGCCCUUCAGAAAGUUAUGCAUCGGUACAAUCUCUGACAUUAACAGCCCCUUCUCUUUCUUAUUCUUCUGCCUCCCGGGGUCAGAACUUGCCAGAUUCUAGCCCAACACCAAAUUAUAUUUCUAUGCAUUCAUCCCCAAACACUCAUACCCAAGGAUCUUCACCGCCUCAGCCCCAAAAGUUUUUGCCUGCUGUGCAGUCAUCUUUUGCAUCCUCUACUCGUGGUCAGGCAAUGCAGAAUAGCAUACCUUCCCCUGAUCCAAAGACUUACGCUGAGAGAAAACUUGACUCAAAUGUGUAUACAUCUUCCGAGCAAAAUGAUGAUUUUCCAAUGCAAAAGUUACAGGCAUUGCAGUCACAGGCUUCUCUUGAGUCAUCAAGCCAAAGGCUGCCUGAUGGAGAAGUGAAUGCUCAAGAGUCAGUUUAUAAGACGUCAAAGUCAGAUGACCGAUAUUCUCAGAAUAUAACCAGAAACAACUCCCACCUUGAAGACCAAGUUGUUGGAGUUGCUCUCCAGGGUUCAAAACAAGAAGAAAACAUGGUUGGUACAGUGACACAACUUAACCAGCAAAGUGGCCAGCCCAAUAAUGCAGUAAAUACUGAUCUUAAGAAGGCAACAAAUUUAAUGCCAGCACCACAGAUAAGGUUGAAUACAAAAGACCUCAACCAGCAGCAUUCUCUCAUACAUAAGAUUCAUGAAGCCAAGGUUCAGGAACAGCAUGAUCUAAUUAGUGCCUCAUCUCAGAUACAGAUUUCAAAUCAUGCUUUGGGGCAUAGUCAUCAGACUCUUCCUAAUACACCAGUCCUUUUAGAUUCUGCCUGUGACUUACAGAUUCUUCAGCAGGCUGGGAUUCUACAGGCAAGCCUAGGACAAGCAAAGACAUCUUUACAAGUACAGCGUGUUCAGAGCCCCCAACAGGUAGUCCACUCUUUUCUUCAGAUGGAUGGUCACAUCAUUCAGAGCAAUGGUGAGCAUCCACAACAGCAGCUCCAUCCUCAAAAUUCUGAGAUUAUGAAACUAGACCUCCCUGAACCUUCAAAACCUUUGCAGCAGCUAACAACGAAGGGCCCUUUCAGUGAAGCCAAUCAACAUGAUUCAAAGAAUCAGUUUGUUUCUCUUGGAUCAAUGUGCUUCCCAGAGGCAAUGCUUCUCAGUGAUGAAAGAAAUAUUUUAUCAAAUGUAGAUGACAUCUUGGCAGCUACAGCAGCAGCUUGUGGGGUUACACCUUCUGACUUUUCUAAGUCCACUUCAAAUGAAACCAUGCAGGCUGUUGAAGGUGGUGAUUCUAAAUCUCAUUUUCAGCAGUCAUUAGAUGUCAGACAUGUGAAUUCAGAUUUUAACUCCAUAACAGCUACAGUAGGAAAACCACAGAAUAUUAAUGACAUUUCCCUAAGCGGAAAUCAGGUUACUGUAAACCUUUCAUCAGUACCCACCCUUCAGUCAAAAACAGUCCUCGAUCAACAGCACAUGGAAACACCUGGUCAGAAUAUACCCACAAAAGCAUCUUCAGCCAUGGUUGGACCAGGUCAUGAAACGCAGGAGCAAAGUGCUGACCCAUUUAAGAAACAGUUGGCUAUGAAUCAUGAGUCAAAAGAAGAUAGUGAAAUUGCUGUUGAAAGUGCAUUGAAUAAUAACAGAAACCAAGAGUUUGUUUCUGCUAGCCAGAGCAUAAGUGGAGAGAGUGUAGCAUCAGAGAGUGAUUUUACCCUAGUAGGUGACGACAGCAGUAUGUCGGCGAACCAUCGAAGGAACACACUUGCACUGCUUGCCAUGGCCCAGCCUGGGGAUGCAGCUGGUGGCAAGACUGAAGAUGAAAAGCAAGAAGCAGCAUACUUUAACCUUCCAAAGAAAAAAGCUAAAGGAAAAGGACAAGGUAAAGAGGAAGAGGACAGUAGUCAGAAACCACCGAAAAAGUCUGCUCAAAGCAAGCGCCAGAACCCUAGGGGUGCAGACAUGUAUUUACCGUACACUCCCUCUUCCUCAGAAGGCUGUGAUGAAGGUUACCAGCAUCAAGAAAAAAUGAGGCAGAAGAUCAAAGAAGUAGAGGAAAGGCAGCCAGAAGUCAAAACAGGAUUUAUUGCUUCUUUCUUAGACUUCCUGAAGUGUGGGCCCAAGCAACAGUUUUCUACCCUUGCUGUUCGAAUGCCUAGUAGGACCAGGCGGUCAGGAACCCAAGUCACUCAUCCUUUCUGUGCCCCACCACUUGCAAAGAUGUCACCUGCAACACCUGUGCCAUUAGCGUUUGAGACUGGAGGGGUCAGUCCAUCAGAGAAAGUUGACAAUGAACUCAAAAAUUUAGAACACUUAUCUUCCUUUUCUUCUGAUGAGGAAGAUCCUAGCAUGUGUGGCCAUGAUAUCUAUAAGAAAAUCUCCGCUCCCUUAUCUGCGUUGGAUACCACUUCUGAUAAGACAAAGAAAACAGUUUCAGAAGCUCUAACUGUGACAACUCCUGGUGUAUCUGCUGAGACUGCUGGUGCUGCACCCACUUCCUCCACUGCUGGUGCAAAACAAGACCUUCAUUUGACUUCAUCUGCUGUAAACACCCUGGAAAAUGCAAACUCCACAGAACCCCCCAAAGCCAUCGAACUUGAUAGUCUUCCUUCAGACCAGUUUGCGAAAGGACAGGAUACAGUUGCAAUAGAAGGUUUUACAGAUGAGGAAGAUAUAGAAAGUGGAGGAGAAGGCCAGUACAGAGAACGUGAUGAAUUUGUGGUAAAGAUAGAAGAUAUAGAGACAUUUAAGGAAGCUUUAAAUAUAGGAAAAGAGCCCCCAGCUAUUUGGAAAGUACAGAAAGCUUUGUUACAGAAAUUUGUUCCUGAAAUUCGAGAUGGGCAAAGAGAAUUUGCAGCUACAAAUAGUUAUCUUGGAUAUUUUGGAGAUGCAAAAACUAAAUACAAAAGGAUAUAUGUGAAGGUCAUUGAAAAUGCAAACAAAAAGGAGUAUGUUAGAGUGUGUUCCAAAAAGCCAAGAAACAAGCCUUCACAAGCUAUCAGAAAUGUUCCAUCUAAGCCAAGUAGUAGCAGUAAAACUUCUGAUCCACCAGUAUCAAAAACUCCAACUACAAAAGCCCCUUCUACAAAACCCAAAGUUAAACAGCUCAAAAUGAAGGCUGAGCCACCACCAAAGAAACGGAAGAAAUGGAAAGAAGAAUUUUCAUCAUCACAAUCUGAAUCAUCUCCUGAGGUCCGUUCUAGCAGUAGUGAGAAUGAGGAAUUUGAUUCUCCAGCUCCCUUUGCCACUCGUUUUCUAAACACAAGAGCAAUGAAGGAAACUUUCAAGAGUUACAUGGAGUUGCUUGUUAGCAUUGCUCUGGAUCCAGACACGAUGCAAGCACUAGAGAAGAGCAAUGACGAGCUACUUUUACCACAUAUGAAAAAAAUAGAUGGAAUGCUGAAUGAUAAUCGCAAAAGACUUCUCGUGAAUCUUCAUCUGGAUCAGCCAUUCAAGAAUGCAUUGGAAAGUUUUCCUGAACUUACAAUUAUUACUCGAGACUCUAAAGCAAAAAGUGGAGGAUCUGCUAUUUCUAAAAUAAAAAUGAAUGGCAAAACUUAUAAUAAGAAAACGCUAAGGACUUCUAAAGCAACCACUAAGUCUGCACAGGAGUUUGCUGUUGAUCCAGAGAAAAUACAAUUAUAUUCAUUAUAUCAUUCACUCCAUCACUAUAAAUACCAUGUUUAUCUAAUAUGUAAGAAUGAGAUAUCGUCUGUUCAGAAAAAAAAUGAAGAUUUAGGACAGGAAGAAAUUGUUCAACUUUGUAUGAAAAAUGUAAAGUGGGUGGAGGACCUAUUUGAAAAAUUUGGAGAACUUCUAAAUCAUGUGCAACAGAAAUGUUCCUAACAUUUCCACAACAUCCCACCUUUUUAUAGCACUAAUGAAAUGUCAUAUUGUCACAGAUAAUCACAUCUCCAGCAGUGGUGUCUUGCAGACAUACCCAAUACCAUGGGGGACUUUGAUCAGGACCUUGCUGAGGACAAUGGUGCUGCCACGGAAGCCAGUCAUUUUAUCCUAAUGAAUGAUUUUUCUAUUUUUUAAACUGUGGGGUGACUGAGUUUUCAUUUUCAGAAGCGUCUUUUGACAAAAUGAUAAAGCAUGCACUAAGUAUACCUUUACUGCUAGAGAGAUGACACUGAAGUGGCCUGGCUCCCCGUGACUGGUGUCAGGACGAAAGAAAAGAGGUGGCAGGUAUCAUUCAUGACUGGCCACGGUGUGGAAAGUAUUGUACAUUUUGUAAACUGAUCUGGUAUGGUGUGACAUCCUAUAUGAGAAUGUCUUGAGUUUAAAACAUGAAACUCAGAAGCUGCGCUCUGCUCUAUCGAGUCCUUUAACAUGUCCAGGAAACUGGGUGUGGAACUGUGCAAUCCUGUGACUGCUUUUUGUGUCAAGUUCAAUUGUGAUGAUGGAAAAAAAAGUGACGUACUAUUUUCCCUGUUUUAAAGAAAAGUAUUUUUGUUUAUAGUGUGUUUUUUUUUCCUUUGGAAAAUUUUCAAUUGUACAUUUUAUUAUUUUACUAAUAGUUUUAUUUUUCACAGAGAAAAUGUGGUUUUAAUUUUUCUAUCCAUACUUCAUUGUCUUCAGUAUACCCUGUGUAGGUACUUAUCAUUUGCAUUGUAGAUUCUGUCUUGAGGUAGCCAUUUUUGUUUUGCCUUAGUGUUACUUGGAAUAUUCAUUUGGUGCUAGAAUUAGUUUAGCUUUAUAAAUGGGACUGUGUGAAACACUGCACUAAUUUCAUAUUUCAUAAAAUAAAUUUCUUACCAAACUAGCACUUGAUUUAUACUGAUUUGUCAAAGUAAAAAUCAACUACUGCCAGAUGGUAGUAGCGCACGUCUUUCAUACCAGCACUUGGGAGGCAGAAGCAAUGCAGGUGGCAUUCUGUGAGCUCGAGGCCAACCUGGUUGAGUUUGAGGCCAGCCUGUUCUACAUUGUAUGCUUUUAGAAGACCAGAGCUACAAACUAAGACCUUGUCCUGAAAAAACACAAACAAAAAAACAAACAAAAACUUAACUGCUGAUAAUUUUGAUGCCCCAUUGGGUAAAGGCUCUUGCUGCCAAGCCUAACAGUUUGAUUCCCAAAGCCCAUACUUGGAAGAAGAGAACCAACUUCUGCAAGUCCUGUCCCCUGCACGCACAUACAUACACAAACUAAUUAAUAAGACGGUAUGCAGUGUUACACACAGCUUUCCUAGCUCUCAGAACUGGAAGUGGAAUUCUCCUUUGGUGCCUUUAACCCUUCCGCACCCUAGUGUAGCUUUCUUAAGUUUGAUGACAUUUCAAGUGGUUUAGCUGAGACAGUGAAUGUAUUAGGUUCAUCAUGACUUUUUGUUUCUUUUUGCUGCCAAUAGGAUGCCUUGUUUGUGAAGAAAAUUUAAUAGUGUCAUUCUAAACGAUCGCCAUUUUUAUUAUUCUAAAAAAGUAACUCAUACCUUUUUAUUUCACCACCGUUUAGUGCCUUACUCCCUAUCUAAAAAGCAGUGUUCCUGUUCAGUGCCCAAGUAAGACACACUUACAUGGAUAAGCUUGCUGUCUUGGUUUUUCGCAGACAGUAAACUGACAAGAAUUGAAGUUAACAUGCCACUUCAUUUAAGAAUAAAACACUGUUACAUUGGGUGAAAAUAAGCAUCUGAGUUACGCUAACAUAUUUACUUCUGGUGAUUUUCCUAUUAAAAGCAAUAUCCUUAACAUUUGUACCUGAUAUUAGACUCAGUAAUACCAAGUAAUGGAAGUUACUCUCCAGGGUCAAAUGUACCACUUCUGAAAGUUUUAAAAUGUUUAUUUGACAACAAAAGCAACCUAUCAGGCUUAUUUUAUGUAGCUCAUAUGGGAGAUGCCCAUGGCAGGAAAAUCAUGAGAUUUGUUUUACAAGCAGAGGAGAGCAGGAAGCAGCCAUAUUCCAUUCUUAUUAUUGACCCUGGGCACAGUAGGUAUGUUUCCAUCAUAGCGUUGGCAUGCUUAUAUACUUUUACCUUCAUCUUGAAUUAUAAAGUAUGAAGUAUGUUUGAACUUCAUUUUCACAAAUGAAUAUAAGGUUAAUCUUACCACAAAAAUACACAUUUCUAUUUUUGUUUUUUGUUGUUUAAAGCAGGGUCUCACACUUUAGCCCAGGCUGUUCUAGAACUCACUAUGUAGUCCAAGUUGGCUCCAAGUUCAUUGCAGUCGCCCUGCCUCGUCUCCAGAAUGCUGGGAUUAUAGGCAUGUGCCACCAUGCCUGGUUUUCCAUUUCUUUUUGAACUGCAGUUGCCCUCCAUCAGUUUAUAAUUGUAUUCCCCUUAGAAAAAUCAAUUCACAAGUCCUCUGAUCCUCCCUCAGAGACCCUGUUGUUUAGAUGCAUUCUCACCUCAUUUAUUCUAUAUAGCAUAGGAAAUAUCAACCUCAGGCCUUAGCAAAAAGUAGAACUAUAUUAUACCCAUUUCUCUAUAGGAAGCUGAAUAAAUAGUUAGUUGGUUAGUGUUUGCCAGGGAAUUUGAAAUGUAUGGUAUAGGAAAGCAGGUUGUAAAAAAAGAUGAAGCACAUGUUGCCAUGAUCUAGGAAGAUGUUAAGAAAGCGUGAACUCUCCUACCUAUAGCGAUCUGGUGUUGGGAUGUAGCUCAGUGCAGAGGCUCUGGGCUUCCUCCCGUCCCCCAUCCCUCAGACGCACAUAGAGAUCUAGAGUGAUUUCAUGAGAAAGGUAUUCUGUGUUGAUAUUUGUUACUAGCCCAGAAAAGUGGUUGCCAAAGGGGCCUCCUUGCUAUUUUGAUAUAACUUAGUUACUACUUGAGCCCUAAUAUGUCUGAGUUUAUGGUGAUUUAUCACGUUAAGUUGAACUAGAAGCUAUGAUUUUGCCAAAUUGAAAGUAUUGGUAAGAUAGGAAAUAAUCCUAUUCUUAAAUGUUUAAUACAUUUUCAUAUAAUUUUGAAUGUUCUAAAUUUAUCUAAAUUUCUAAAACAUGAAAUUUAUAGAUGUGUUUACACUUUAGGGCUAUUUUCAGAGCUUCACAUUUUAAAACUAAUUUUUCUGUUUACUAUUUAUUUUUCUUGAAGCAGAUAAAUUCCAACCUAUAGCUGUAAGGAUAUACCCAUAAGUUGUUUUGGUUUGUGUGUUGGUGUCCUUUGCUGGUUCAGAUGAGUGGUUCCCGAGUCUCUUCACUUUCCUUGUAAUCCGAUCUCUCUGCACUUGAUUCCCUGACGACGUCAGCUCGGGUUAUUAGUGCAGCUUUGUUUCAGAUGUGUAGGUUACAAAUCUUAAUGUAUUUGCAGAAUGUAAUUUUUGUUUUAAAUGUUUUGUUUCACAACAAUGCUUUUGAAAUACAGUGAAGUAGCCCAGGCUAGCUGCUCCUGUGUCAGGUGUACUUGAUAGCCCAGGCUAGCUGCUCCUGUGUCAGGUGUACUUGACACAACCGCACAAAUGAACAGUGUGCAACUCUUAUUUGUGCAUUGACUCAGAUGCACAACUUUUGACAUCUGUGUUCACAAAUGCACGUUUUCAAAAUAACCUCUAUUUAUAAAACAAACAACUAAGCCUAAGGAUACAAAGAAGCCUGCAUUUGUAGUCCAGAGUUUUCAGCUGGUCCAUUAUACCAUGUAUGGAAAUGUGAAAGACAAUUUUGUAUAUUUGUUACUAACUCAGAUCAUUAAAAUGAAAACAAUUUUUUAAACAAAA